UGCAUUUUACGUGUCCUUGCAGUGCCGCCUGAGUAAUGUCAAAAUCGUCUGCUGAGUGUUUAGCAUUGCUCUUUUCGCAGUGAAAGGCUCCUUUGACACGCACUAACUUUCGUUUCAGUUCUGUCCGAAAUCCGUGAAUUUCGACAGAAUGUCGCGUAACAGAGCCGCUGAGGAGACGGACAAGCAGACGAGAAUCGCCAUCGUCAGCUCGGACAAGUGCAAGCCGAAACGAUGCCGGCAGGAGUGCAAGAAAUCCUGCCCGGUCGUCCGGAUGGGCAAACUGUGCAUUGAGGUGGCAAUCGACUCCAAAAUCGCGUCGCUUUCGGAGGAACUUUGCAUCGGUUGCGGUAUCUGUGUGAAGAAAUGUCCAUUCGAAGCAAUCACGAUCAUCAAUAUUCCGAGCAAUCUUGACAAGCACACCACCCACCGCUACUCGAAGAACUCCUUCAAACUGCAUCGUUUGCCGAUUCCCCGUCCGGGAGAGGUUUUGGGACUGGUGGGUCAAAACGGUAUUGGGAAGUCCACCGCGCUGAAAAUUCUAGCCGGAAAGCUGAAGCCCAACUUGGGCCGCUACUCGGAUCCUCCGGAUUGGUCCGAGAUUUUGGCUCACUUCCGUGGCAACGAGUUGCAGAAUUAUUUCACUAAAAUUUUGGAGGAUAGUUUACGUGCUCUCAUCAAGCCACAGUAUGUGGACCAAAUUCCGAAGGCGGUGAAGGGUACCGUGGCGGCGCUGUUGGAUAAAAAAAACGAAACGAAUAAUGAGGCGCGGAUAUGUGAUUUGCUUGAUUUGAACAACAUUAAGGAUCGUGAGAUUCAGGCCCUGUCCGGAGGAGAAUUACAACGGUUUGCCUGUGCAAUGGUCUGCAUUCAGAAUGGGGAUAUUUUCAUGUUCGAUGAACCUUCCUCGUAUCUGGACGUUAAGCAACGUUUGAACUGUGCUUUGACCAUUCGUUCGUUAAUCCAUCCGGAUAAGUUCAUCAUCGUUGUUGAGCACGAUCUGUCGGUGUUGGAUUACCUGUCCGAUUUCAUCUGCUGUCUGUACGGAGUUCCUGGCUGCUAUGGCGUGGUUACUAUGCCUUUCUCUGUCCGUGAGGGAAUCAAUAUUUUCCUGGACGGUUACGUCCACACGGAGAACAUGCGCUUCCGUACGGAAUCGUUGACUUUCAAGGUAUCCGAGUCGGCUUCCGAGGAGGAAAUCAAACGUACGUGUCACUACGUUUAUCCCAAGAUGAAGAAGAAGCUUGGUGGUUUCACUCUGACGGUCGAUAAUGGUCAGUUCAGUGAUUCGGAAAUUAUUGUCCUGCUGGGAGAGAAUGGCACUGGAAAGACAACUUUCAUUCGAAUGCUGGCCGGUAAUUUGGAACCCGAUGAGGAAUCGGAGAAACUGCCCUGUCUCAACAUUUCCUACAAGCCACAGAAAAUCUCUCCGAAGAGCCAAUCGACGGUCCGUAAUUUGCUGCAUGAGAAAAUUCGCGACGCUUACAUCCAUCCGCAGUUCAUGGCCGAUGUGAUGAAGCCGAUGAAGAUUGAGGAAAUUAUGGACCAGGAAGUGCAGAACCUUUCCGGUGGUGAAUUGCAGCGAGUCGCUCUGGUGCUGUGUCUGGGAAAACCCGCCGAUGUGUAUUUGAUCGACGAACCGUCGGCUUAUCUGGAUUCGGAGCAGCGUUUGAUUGCGGCAAAGGUUAUCAAGAGAUACAUCCUACACGCGAAAAAGACCGGAUUUGUGGUGGAGCACGAUUUCAUUAUGGCAACCUAUUUGGCCGACCGGGUGAUCGUUUUCGAGGGAAGGCCAUCGGUGGAUACCACUGCUCACACACCGCAAUCACUGCUGAAUGGUAUGAACCGCUUCCUGGAAUUGCUGGAGAUCACAUUCCGACGGGAUCCGAACAACUUCAGGCCCAGGAUCAACAAGCGCAACUCGGUUAAGGAUGGGGAGCAGAAACGCGCUGGACAAUACUUCUUCUACGAGGAGUCAUAAGAGACAUGAUUCGGUCGAGUAUUAUGGUGCGUUUAAACUAAGGUAGCUAUUGCAUGAUUUCAAGAUUUACACAGUUUACUUAAAGAGAAAGGAGCUGUGCUUAGUCUUGAUAUUGCGCGAUAUAGCACAAGUAUAAAUGCAGCCUUAGGAUGGUUCACAUCGGGAUCUUAACAUACACACAUACACAUUCAGUUUGGCCUAUUGCAAAACGAUCCUUUUUCCGUCAGUAAAUUCAGCAGGCGAAGUCCAGAAAAAAAACAAUGAACUGAUACUACCAAUCAUACGAUAUCACUGACAAAUAUUGUAAAAAGUAAUAGACCAUGAAGAACACGCUCUACUUCAUAGAAACUAUUGUUUUACAGAUAAGAACGAAAAGUCAAGUCUAUCUUUGGUUUCCUCAUUUUUACUAUCGCGUUUGCAAUAAACUUCGAAUCAUGCACAGGAUCUAAACAUUUCGCCGAGGAGGGUUUGCUUGUCUUAUGUGGGAAUUUUAGUUAAUUUACUUUUAAAAACAAUACAUCGAGAGUUGUUUUGCUCUCUUUGCUACUAAACGGAAAGUUGUUAGUGAUCACUCGACUGCUUAUCGUUUGUACAAUAAACAUGGUGAAGAGAAAUGAAA